UUUAGUGAGCCGGCGGUGUACAGUCCAAACAUUAUCUUCUGUAGUUAGCGACAUAAAAACAUGUGGUUCCAACAAAGCGGUAAAGUAAAUUCUGUGCCAUCUGGACGACGCUUUUAAGAAGUAAUUAGCGGAGUAACUUACGGGCUCACUUCAGAAUCACCGACCUGAUGGUCAUCUGGUCAUUUUUUGUAUAAGAGUACUUAUAUUACAUAUCUAACAUUCUGGAUGUUGUACGAUAUAUAUAAUUAUGGCACACACUCACCGUCAGCCUCAAAUUAGCGCUCGCAUAUACUGGCUAAGGGAUCAGAGCUUGGACCAAGCGCCCAACGAAUCCAAGAAAUUUGACAAAACUCCUGAGGGCGAUGAAACCAUUACACCGGAAGAGCUUUUCCGCCGUACCGGCGUUUUAUACCGGAAAGUGCAAUUGACAAUAUCUGCAGAAGAACAAGAAGAAACCCUUAAGCGCUCAGUUCCGAAUUUGGAUCAAUAUGACUAUCGCGACAUCAUUGACGUGUCCCCAAAAGGAUUAGGAGACAAGUUCGAUGCACUUAUGCGAAUGUUUUAUGAUGAACACAUACAUGGUGAUGAUGAAGUGCGGUUUGUCCUGGAUGGAAAUGGCUAUUGGGAUGUUCGGGACGUGCAGACCGAUCAAUGGAUCCGUUUGGUUUUUGAAAAAGGUGACUUCAUUAACAUUCCGAAAGGCGCCUACCACCGGUUCAGUUUGGACAGCAACCAAUACAUGAAGUGCAUGCGAAUGUUUGCUGGCUCGCCGGUUUGGACUGCUUUUUAUCGUAAUAAAGAUGGCGAUACUCAUCCGGCGAGAAAACAGUAUGUGGAACAAGUUCUUCGGCGACAACAAACGACAGCAUAACUG